GAAUUUUAGUAAAUCAAUAUUUCAAUUUUGUUUAAUGUAUAAUAUGGUAUUUGAUAUUAUCAUUUUUAUUGUUUCAUAGGAAUUAGACAACCUAGAUUUUAUUUUAUUUCAUGAUACAAUUUGAAAUGUAAGUAAAGAAGUCGCUAAUAAGUAUUUUAUUUGACAAAAAAAAAAAAGGAAUGUCUUUGAAGAAAAAAAUGAAUACAGGUAAUUUUCUAAAAUAAAUAAAUUGUGUUACUCAGAAUAUUUGGCAUGAGGGAUUAGUAAACUGUUGAAGCCUUUAUACAUACAAUUAUGUAAUUUUGUUGGAAAAAGAGUACAACCGUAAUUUGUAGAUAGGUGAUGUGUUUGUUGUACAAUUCUUUAUGGUUUCUUUUAUCUUUUUUAUCUAGUGUCAAAAAUGCUAUCACAUAAAGUAGAAUCCAUUAACCUAUUGUUAGGGGAUUAACUGGUUAAGUGACAGGUCAAAUACUAAGGUAAUGGUCAGUCCAUGUCACAUGAUUUUUCAAAGUACGAGUUUUCGGCUAUUAUUAAUACAAAUUAACAAAGAAAAACUAAUUUGAUUGGUUAAAAAUAAUUUACGGCAAGCGUGGGUCUCCGAAUGGAAUUGCGCCCGCUCCUUGGCCAUUCUAUUCGGAGACGUUAAUAAAGUUGUAUCGUUUUUAAUUUCAUCCACGCUUUGCUUUUUCAUAUUACAGCGCACCCAAACCUACAUUGGACCUGGUGGCUGGAAAGCAAAACCAUAUCUUAGGGUCUCUCAUUACGCCAGCGAGUUAUUUAAUUAACUUCCCAAAUUAAGUGCGGUCACCCAAAAGGGCGACACGACAACUGAUGGGGUAUCCAAAACCCGGAUGAACCGUGUUGUGCAGUGGAAAGAAAACAAUACCUAUCAUCGAUACAACCUUAGAAAAUACCGCACAAUGCCAGCUCCAUCUAAUUCUUCAACACCUGAGAACUCUGACAUUGUUGAGGAGGAAAACAAUCAGGAAGUGAGUGAGUUACAAAGAGAAGUAAGAAACCAACGUGAGGAAUUGCAACGGCUCCAAGACAGAAGAAACAGGGAAUUAGAUGACAAGGACGAGGAGAUUGAGGCUCUUAGAAGACAGUUAAGAGACGUAUCAGCAAGACCACAACAAACGCCUAUAACAUUGGACCCACCGUCUUCACUAAACCGAUUCGGAAGUUAUCCAAACAAUGCGCAAGGGAGUUCUUCUUUUCCCAAAGUGAGACUUGAAAAAUUCAAUGGGAAAGUGUCUGUUGUCCAAUGGUGGUACAAGUUUAUCACCUUUAUUAACCUUCAAAAGCUAACGGAAGAGGUGGCUAUCAAUACCCUCCCGUUUUAUCUGGAAGGGGCUGCAGAAAGUUGGUUCUACGCCUUAGACGGUGCCGUCAAGUCAUCAUUGGAGUCCAUUCGCCGAGCUCUACAUAACAGAUUCCAGCCGUCCUCCAGACAUAACUUACAAUUAAUGGACGUAAAACAAAAAGACCAGGAAAGUGUAGAGGACUUUAUGCACCGAGUGACCAGUAUGACCAACGACCGCAGUGUAGACCAGGACUGGUUAAUUACAGUAAUCAUUAACGGACUGAAGCCCGACAUUAGUGCCGAUGUGGUAAAGGAUGACCCUCAUUCAUUAGAACAACUGAGGAACUGUGCAUGCCGAGCCGAACUUGCAUAUAAAAUCAGGCAGAAAACAUCAUCAGUGCAGGACUCAACCAAUCUAGCCUUGUUAAACGCUCUUCAGGAUGUGAGAAGUGACAUAAAUGUUAUACAGGAGUCCGUGAAUGAUGCCCAGUUGUCUCAGCAAGCACCGACAAGAGAGUCCCAACCUUGGAGAAAUAAUGGUGGACCAGGAAAUGGUGGAAAACACUAUAACCAGGGCAAUGGUGGAAAACACUAUCAUCAGGGGAAUGGUGGACACCGCUUUCAACAGGGAAAUGGGGGACACCGCUUUCAACAGGGAAAUGGUGGACACCGCUCUCAACAGGGAAAUGGUGCCUAUCAGUACUCUCAACAGGGUAGACCGGAGAACCACUACCAGGGAUCCAGAUUCAGACAUCCACAGAAUAGGCCAAGCAGUGGGAGAGGCUCCUGUCACAACUGUUCUGGAAAAUUUGGGGGAUUCCACAAUACCAUGUUCCUUGUGUUAGCUGUUCUGACCGUGUUAACCACUACAACCCAAGCAAGACCCGAGAAAAUGGAAGACAAAAUCGUACAGAGAAUCAAUUAUGGGGUAGUUUUUAAAGAACAGUCCAAAAUUAUUUUAUCUCAGGAGUAUUGGCUCCAUACCUUUCAUGUAAGACUUCCAAAACGAGUUCAUGUAUCUAAAGUACCUUUUUGCAAUGUUCAUGCUUUUCGUCAAGGGUGUGUUUUGUUAAACAAUCUUGCAAAUUUUGUUCAAGGAUUACAUAAGGAACCUUUAAUUCAUUUCAAUGAAACCAUGCGCCAAAUCAAAACCUUAGUUCCUCAAACAAAUAUUUUAAAUCAAGGUAGACAACUCCGAGCUUUACUUCCAUUUAUUGGUUCACUGUCAAAAAGCAUUUUUGGUACUGCAACAAUCGAUGAUGUCAACAUUUUAGCUGGACACAUCAAUGCAUUAAAUAGGAAAACAGAAAAUAUUGUUAAAGCACUCCAACAGCAUGGAUCUCAUUUGUCAUCUUUCAUUACUGUAAGCAAUCACAGAAUGGACAACUUAGCUGCUGGUAUUAAAGAAAAUUCAGAGUACAUUUCUAAAAUCGCAACUGCUUUUAAUAACAAAUUGUAUGAUUUGGAAAAAUCUUUUGUAAAUGUAUCAAAGAUUUUAAUGUCACAGGUUAACAGAGCUACUCUUUUAAGAUCUGACUUUGAUAAACUAUCAGCAGCAAUUCAGAGUUUAUUAGAAGGGAAGAUAACUCCAUUUUUGAUUCCCAAAUUUUUAAUCACCAGAACUCUUUCCAACAUAAAUUUCAAACUGAGAAAAUCAUACAAGAAUUUUUACUUAAUUCAUACAGAUUAUUCAUUUUAUUACUCUCAUGAAAAGUUUUUGUAUGCAAGGGACAAAGGAUCAUUAUUUAUUACUGUGAAAUUUCCAAUCUCGGCACAGAAGCAACCUUUACAAUUGUUCAAGGUCAUUAGUUUACCUGUCCCUACCUCACCCAAUGUAACUUCAGACAUGCAUGCUACACAGAUUCUGUCCACACCAGAUUAUUUUGCAAUAACAAGUCACCAUGAUUAUUUUGUCUCUUUAUCAGCAGAAGAUUUAGUUAAUUGUGAUAAUGGACCCACUAUAUUAUGUAAUUCCAAUAGGGCCUUGACCCCUAUAACUGAACCCGAUUGUACAAUGGCUUUAUACUCAAAUGAUGUGAAACAAGUUCAAAAGUUAUGUGACUUUAGAUUUAUUACCUCAUUACUAAAAUCAAACAUUUUUGAAAUUACAUCUACCUCAGUUUUGUUAUAUAAUACACCAACUUUGGUCUUAGAUUGUCCAAAAGAGCAAAAGGUUUUGAAAGGGUGUACAUUCUGUAUCAUUCAUAUUCCCUGUAGAUGUUCAUUGUCAACCCAAUCUCUGUUUUAUGCCCCAAGAUUAGUGGAUUGCUACAACUCUUCUUCAAAUUUUUCAGUGAUUCAUCCUGUAAAUUUGGCAUUAUUACAGGAAUUCUUUGACGAUUCUAAAUUAGAACAUGUGUUUGGGGAUAGUUUAUUUCCUACACUAGUAAAUAUGUCCAUUCCUGAAUUGAAAUUUUACAAUCAUUCCAUAAAUCAAAUAUUGAUAAAUGAUCAAAAAGACCAUUUGAGUUUAAAGAAAAUUGCUAAAGCAGCCAAAAAGGAUGAGAAAAUUUUCAAAACAUUGGCAGAACCUUUGAUUGAUGGUCAAAUUGAUAUUCAGGAUGAUUGGUUAGGUACUUCUGACAUUUUAACAUAUGUUGCAUUAGGUAUUGCAGCAUUGUGUUUAGGAUGUUGUAUUAUGUUGGUCUUAAAAUUCAGAAAACUUUCAACAUCACUGUUAGUUCUACAACAAGUACAAAAUGCUACAUCUGAAAAAGUCCCUUCUUUCAUCUAUGAAAAACUUGUAACGUCAACUCCUAAUCCAACAGACUUAGGUUCAACUUGGUUUUCUGAAUUUACAUGGAUUCAUGCUUCAGUCAUUUUAAGUACAGUUGUACUGGCCAUUUUAGGAAUUCUGUUAUAUUUGGUGUACAAAUCAAAAUCAUGCAAAGGAUCCAUUUUAGCACUAGAAUUAACUACAGGUGGUGAUUGUGUUAUGGUCUUUAUUACUAGAUUAUCUUUGUGUCCUUCAUAUUACACUAUAACAACACCCAAAAUUACAGAUAUUUCAAUUACUCCUUUUCCAUCAUGCAAAUUGUUAGCCACAUGGACAAAUUUCAAAGUCACAGACACCCGAACUAACAUGACCAUUUCUAUUCCAACAACCAUUACCCUCAACCCACUAACUCACUACAAACUCAAAACAAUUUUGAAACAACUAUUCAGUGCAUAUGUAAUAUUACUACACAACAAUUAUGCUUUUCAUCUAAAUAACCCACACAAAAACAUGCUUGUUACUCUUUAAAUGACUCAAUAAAAAAAAAAAUUAACAAUAUCUCAGAAUUUUUCUUUAGCAACUUUUAAAUUUUUGUUAAUUUGUUUUGUCAACAUUGCAAUGAAUCGCACAACUCAGUAGAUUUUUUUUUUACCUUUUUAUGGACUAUUUCCAUUACAAUGAUAUCAUUUUUUUUGUUUUCUCUAUUUUUUUUUUUCUUAAUGACUUUUUAUAAUAUUUGUAUGUUUGUGUUCAAAAGCUCAGGGAUCAAUUACCAUGAGAUUAUAUGAGUUUUGAUAUAAGGUAUUACCUUUAUGUAUAUUUACAUGUAUAUAUUUGUCUUUGUUUGGAAGGUUCAAUUUUUUUCAUUAAUACCUUAAUUUUUUUUUAGCUAUAGUUGUAGACUAGUUUAUUAUUGCGUUAAAAAAAAAAUUAUAUGUACAAGUAGGUAGUUCUUUUAGAAUAAAACAAUCAAUUUUUUUUAUAUAUAUGGACAAGGAAAAUUUGAGCUUUCAGGGACGAAAGCAAUGGUAGCAAGGGGGAAAGUAGUCAUAUUGCAGAAUUUAUUUGAUAAAAUGAAUUAUGUCAGAAAGGACAGUUAUGUUUAAAGAUAAAAUUCAACUUUGAAUUUUAGUAAAUCAAUAUUUCAAUUUUGUUUAAUGUAUAAUAUGGUAUUUGAUAUUAUCAUUUUUAUUGUUUCAUAGGAAUUAGACAACCUAGAUUUUAUUUUAUUUCAUGAUACAAUUCGAAAUGUAAGUAAAGAAGUUGCUAAUAAGUAUUUUAUUUGACAAAAAAAAAAAAGGAAUGUCUUUGAAGAAAAAAAAUGAAUACAGGUAAUUUUCUAAAAUAAAUAAAUUGUGUUACUCAGAAUAUUUGGCAUGAGGGAUUAGUAAACUGUUGAAGCCUUUAUACAUACAAUUAUGUAAUUUUGUUGGAAAAAGAGUACAACCGUAAUUUGUAGAUAGGUGAUGUGUUUGUUGUACAAUUCUUUAUGGUUUCUUUUAUCUUUUUUAUCUAGUGUCAAAAAUGCUAUCACAUAAAGUAGAAUCCAUUAACCUAUUGUUAGGGGAUUAACUGGUUAAGUGACAGGUCAAAUACUAAGGUAAUGGUCAGUCCAUGUCACAUGAUUUUUCAAAGUACGAGUUUUCGGUAUUAUUAAUACA